AUGUUGAAGCACCCAUCCCCAGCCCCAUCCUCCCUAGAAAACAUACGCCUAGAAAACAUACGGACCAGCCAAUAUCCCAACUCCAAAAGCUCAAUGAAAACCAGCCGCAGAAGCCUCUCAACCUCACCACUCACAUCAGAACAAAACCCAAAGCCCAAACCAACCAGCCAACCAACCAGCCAACCAACCAGCCAACCAACCAGCCAACCAACCACCGAACCCUCAGCCCCUCCAUUCCGCAGCGUCUCCGCCUGCAACAGAUGCCGUCUCCGCAAACACCGCUGCGACCAACGCCUUCCUCGCUGCGAGUCAUGCGAGAAAGCCGGCGUUCGCUGCGUGGGCUACGACCCCCUCACCAAGCAAGAAGUACCACGCAGCUACGUAGCCUUCCUAGAAAGCCGCGUGGACUAUCUCCACCAGGUCCUGAUCGACCACGGCAUCGGGUUCAAGCCCGCUAUCGCCUACGACGAGGAAGAGACGCUGAAGAUUGAAGCCGGCCAGUCGCCGUUUGAGUCUCGCGGACUGAGGAAGAGGGAAUUGCCAACGCAGGCGCAGACGCGCACACAAACGCAGAUGGGCGCACGCACCUCCCGUAAGAGGAAAUCGGACUCCAUCCCGGCUAGACAGGCCAAGCGCUUGGCGCAGUUAAACGUCCUUCUUACGGAGUUGUUGACGGAUGGCUGUGAACAUCGACAAUGCCGUGACCCGGACUAUGUGCGUGCGAGUAGACAUCGCGUGCACGAGGACUCGAUUGAACAGAGACUGCCGUGGUCGCCGCGGAGCUUGGAUUCGGUUGAUCAUAGUGAUAGUCGGACGACUAGGUCUGAGUCUGUGUCAUCGCAUGAGCCCUAUCAUUAUCCCAUGGCUCCUGGGUAUGGUUCGUCUCUAUUCGGUGCUGAACAUAUUUUGGGACCGGAUCGUGGGCAUGAAGUACAUGACGCAAAGAGACAGCCCGGGUUCGGGUUUGAUUUGGUAGAUUUCGAGUCUGAGAUAGCAGCCAAUACCAGGUCUGUUGGGGGUGGUAAACUGGGAAAUACCGAUGGCGUUCGACAUUUGAAUGUUCUGAGUCGUGCUUCGUCGCCAGAGAGUCCUUCUAGUCCUGAGUCCGAGUUUGAUAUUGCUGCCGAUCUUCUUCGCGGACGGAGGGAGAGGGAGAGGGUUAAUUAUGAUUUACUGGAUGAAUUCCUUGUCGAUUGGGCUGAUUGA